GCCGUUGCAUCCGUGACGGAGCCAGAAGAGCCCGGGCUUGGGACGGCCCCUUUCCCACCGCCCGCGCACAGGCGCCGCUCGCACGGGGGAGGAAGGGAGAGAAGAAGAAAGAGGAGGAGGAGGAGGAGGAGGAGGAGUGUGUGUGUGUGUGAUGAGCUCAGCGCCGUCCCUUGGAGCCGCCUGAGCAGACCCGAGUCCCCCCACCCUCCGUCGCCGCCAUGGCUCACUCCCCCGUGCAGACGGGCCUGCCGGGGAUGCAGACUCUAAAGGCAGAUCCAGAAGAACUAUUUACAAAACUGGAAAAAAUUGGUAAGGGCUCUUUUGGUGAAGUUUUUAAAGGAAUUGACAAUCGGACUCAGAAAGUGAUUGCUAUAAAAAUUAUUGAUCUGGAAGAAGCAGAAGAUGAAAUAGAAGACAUUCAACAGGAAAUCACAGUGCUGAGUCAGUGUGACAGUCCAUAUGUAACAAAAUAUUAUGGAUCUUAUUUAAAGGAUACAAAGCUAUGGAUAAUAAUGGAAUAUCUUGGUGGAGGCUCUGCCCUUGAUCUUUUAGAACCUGGCUCACUUGAUGAAAUCCAGAUUGCCACAAUACUGAGGGAGAUACUCAAAGGACUUGAUUACUUGCAUUCGGAAAAGAAAAUCCACAGAGAUAUUAAAGCUGCUAAUGUAUUGCUCUCUGAGCAAGGAGAAGUAAAACUAGCAGAUUUUGGAGUAGCAGGACAACUAACGGAUACACAAAUAAAGAGAAAUACCUUUGUAGGAACACCAUUUUGGAUGGCACCUGAAGUAAUAAAGCAGUCAGCAUAUGAUUCAAAGGCAGAUAUCUGGUCAUUGGGCAUAACAGCCAUAGAACUUGCGAAAGGAGAGCCACCUCAUUCAGAAUUACAUCCGAUGAAGGUUUUGUUCCUCAUUCCUAAGAGCAAUCCACCAACACUGGAAGGAAACUUCAGUAAAUCUCUCAAAGAAUUUGUCGAGACCUGCUUGAACAAGGACCCAACCUUUAGACCGACUGCAAAAGAGCUCUUAAAACACAAAUUUAUUUUACGAAAUGCAAAGAAAACCUCCUACCUGACUGAGCUUAUUGAUAGGCACAAGAGGUGGAAGUCUGAACAAAGUCACGAUGACUCCAGCUCUGACUCAGAUACUGAGCCAGAUGGCCAGGCUGCAGGUGGUAGUGAUUCAGGAGAGUGGAUCUUCACAAUCAGAGAAAAAGAUCCCAAGAAUCUAGAGAAUGGAGCAGCCCAGCCUUCAGAACUGCAAAAAAAUAAGGAAAAAGAUAUCCCAAAGAGGCCUCUAUCUCAGUGCCUGUCUACAGUUAUAUCCCCUUUAUUUGCAGAGUUGAAAGAGAAAAGUGAGGUGUGUGGUGGCAACAUAGAUUCCAUAGAAGAAUUGCGAAGGGCUAUUUAUUUAGCUGAAGAGGCUUGUCCAGGCAUUGCAGAUUACAUGGUGUCACAGCUUGUGCAGAGGCUUCAGAGAUAUUCAGUAACUGGAGGAAGUACUUCAUCCUACUGAAGUAGCGUUUCUGACUUUUCUAAGACAACGGAGAUUCCACGGUGUCUGCACUGAAGAAGCGCACCCUGAUAUUGUUCUGCCACUCACUGACCUGAAAUGUUCUUGGGUGGAAGGACAUUCCCAAAUGUGCAAGAGCAAAAAUGAAGUCUCUCAGAUGGAGGCAGUCUUUUUCAGCUCCUUAAAGAUACUGUGUUUUUUUUUUUUUUUUAAUAAUAAUAAUAAUGCACAUAUUCCAGGGAGGUGUCUUUUUGUAAAAUCUGAAAUGUAUAUUUAGGUUUGUGAUAGGGAAAUAGAAGAUAUUGAGAAACCUCAGGUAUCUUGCUUUAAGAAUUCCACUGGGAGAUGGAGUAUGUUCUGUUGGAAUUGUGUACAGAUAUGUAUAUAAUGUCUUUUUUAACUGAAAGCCUUUCAAUGUGCAUAAGGAAUCACUGUGUACAAAAUGGUAAAGUGCUUCUGUAGAUACUGUUAGUGGGGUAAAUAUUUGACAGGCCAUAACUGAGUAUUGCCUUGCCUUUAUUACAUGUAAAUUUUGAAUUAUGUGAUAAGUGAAUUUUGGGUUUGAUUUUUGUAUGUGAAGGAUUUGCCAUUGAAAGAUAGAUAAUCCUGUAUUAUGGAGCCUUCUGUUUGUACCUCAGCAAAUACACAAUUUGCUUCUGUUUCUCCAAUAUUCCUUCUUUUUUAUCUAUAUUCUGAGUGUGAAUUUUUAACUAUGGUACUACUUUUGGUUGUUUUAAAUUUAACACACCUUGUCUCUCAAAGCUUUAAAUUUAAAUGAUAGUUUUUCCAAAAGAAUGAGCUUUUUCAUGUUUUCAGUUUUAAAUUGUGCCAAUGCAAAUUCUGAAUCAUGUGUUGUUCAAUUUUAGUAGUAGGUAUUUGUGAAGCUUGUAGUGAAAUUCAGACACAAUCUUUUUUUCCAUCUAAACAUGUUUGAAUGCUCACACAAAUAAGUUUUUAUUAUUACCUACAUUUUUUCUGAAAUAUCUGCUUAAGCUGUUGGCUUUGGAAGAGUGGCAAAUAUUUCUUCAAUUUGCCUAUUUUUAUCAUUAAAAUGAAUUACUUUCAAAGUAAUAGAAAAAUUAUCCAUAUAUUCAGCGUUCAGUCCUGCUAUCUAAAUCUGUUCAACUCUUUACUGGAAGUGAUAGAAGUCAGGCAGAAUAACUGCAAAGCUGAGCCCGCGUGUUGUAUGCUGUGCCCUGUAACUUGUCUCCCCAGAGAAAAAUUACUUCUUGAAAAUUACUUCUGAAGAUAAAAUUUCCAGUGUUUCUGUGAAUGUGUCUGGAUAGUUGAUUAAGGUUUUAAAUUUCCUUGGAAAUAGUGACAUUAGUACAUGCAUAACUGGUUAGGUGGUACUUUUUCACAGUAAUACUCUGGAGUUUGAUUUCACCAAACUUGUUUCACCAAGGCCAUAUUCAGGUGCCUAUUUUUGUGGUAGCCAAGAAAGAGACAUUUUUGCCGUGUUUUAAUGAACUGAUGAUUCUAUAUUUGUGGUGACAGUGAGGUAUCUUAUCUGUUUAAAUUUUAGAGACUAAAAAUUUGGAAAUGAAAGAGUUAAAAUAGGUACAGGCAUAGCUACAUAGUUUUGUGCAAAAAAGGCCCAAGCUCUCUAAACAUUACUGAGGCAAAGUGAGGUUUUUCUUGUAAUACUUUAUGGCACCGUGCUCGCCCUUAUGUAUGCAUAUUUAUAGCCUUAAUUAUUAAAUUAAUAAUACAAUUUUAUUAAUUUAAUAAUAGUGCUAAAAAGAACACUGUUAUGCUAUGAAGCGUUUACCCAGGUUGAACGGACAGACCGGGUACACGUGCCCCCUCCUUCCAGCCGCUUGCUCGGGCACAGCGCCGCUGCCAGCCUGAUGACUGAUCAGCCUUCCGUCACGGCCAAGCGAGCUUAGAGAGGCUGAGCGCUGGUUUGUAGCGCUUGAUUAACAUCUUCGCAUUCUAGGCGUUCUUAUGUGCCUUUAAAAAAACGCUAAGGAUAGGUUUACCCUUGAGGAAACAAAUUCAACUCUGCUAUUCAGAAUUUGGCGGCUGAAUGCAGUGCAAUGGGGAAUUUUGAAAUCUCAACGUUAGAACGUUCAGCAACUUGAUAACUAUGAUGUGCUGUUACAGCAUAUGGAACUAAAAAUAUGUAUUUGCAUUUAAAAUAUAGAUAGCUAGCAUUGUAAUCUGGAAUUUCAAGAAUGUCAACAUCAGAAAAUCACGUGAAAUUCUAAAGUAUGUUAUUGCCGAACAAUCAUUUAAAAAUUAGGAAAAUACGUAUUUUUUUUUUUUUUUAUUUGUAUUUUAGUUACAUUCUAGGAUUGUCUGUUGAGGAAGCACUUCUCCAUUUGAGUGGAUGAUUGUAACACAAUUUGCUUGGUGGAUGUGUCCCUUUGUUUAGGAGCAUAAAAUGAGUCAACCUGCUGCAAGGCCAAUGGACUACAAGGCUUAGGACAUUUAGAAAAAGACAAAAUCUCAUUUAUGGUAGAGAUGUGUAUUUUUAUAUGUAACAUAUAGAUUAUUUAAAUAUAGAUUAUCUUAAAGUAAUAUUCACUGAGUGCUGUUUCUUGAAUGUAAAAUUGCAAUCAUUUGCUAUUGAAAAGUAUUGACGCUUUAAAAAGAUCUAUAUUGGUAACAGAAAAGCAGCUUCAUUUGAAAGAAGCAUUGUGUCAGUUUCUGAAGGAAAAAUAAGUGUAUAGAUAUUUUUAAGAGGUUAUCAUCUCAUGCUAAAUAUCAUCUCUGCUAGAAUGUUGCACUGAUGAUUUUUCUGUGCAGGUAAUAAACUUUCACUCAGUCUUGUAUAUACUAAAUAACAUGUUAUCCCGACUUAUGCAAACAUUUAAAUUAGUGGAACUGCGUACUUGUCAGGGGUUUCAAGAUUCAGCAGUGAAUAAACUCACUCUGUUAAAAAAAAAAAAGAAAACAAAAAAAGAAAACUAGUCCUUUGAACUGAAGGCUUGCUUUUUGUAAUAUCAGAUGUGUACUCUAUUUUUUUAAACUUACUUAAUUUUCCUUGGAGUUGCACUUUUGUAGUUGAUCACCAGUUUAGUAAAGUAUCAAGGCAUGAUUGUUAUAGUGCAGAAUGCUUUUGGUAAAAUAACAGAGCAGUUAUUGCUCUGAAGUGCCAUGGUUUCUUUGCAGCUUUGAAAAUUUUGUAUAUGUCCGUGUGGGUAUGGACAGAUGCAUUUCACACAUUACUGUGAAAUGAUUUAACUGAGGGAAAAGCAAUUCAGCUUUCACUGUGGGAGAAGGGUGGCUGGGAGGGGAGGACAAGCGUAUGCACAUUGGCACUUAACUGCAGAGCAGCUGGCGUGCUGUAGGCUCACAUCCUAGUUUAUCCACCGUAACUUGUUCAUCUGGCCGUGCUCUUAAUGUACUUGUGAAAUGUCUGCUUUAGCUCUUAAUCUCUUAUGCAGCUUGCUUUCUUUUUUUUUUCUUUUUUUCUUUUUUUUUAACAUGGUACUGUUUGUAAUGGUUUUACAUUAGCCUUAAAAAAAAAAAAAAAAAAAACACAAAACAUAUGUUUGCCUUCAGAAAUGUCACCACUGGAAAAAAUACCAGAAGUGUUAAUAAGCACAGGUAUAAUGCAAGGAUCAGAACAAUCAUAAAUUAUUUUUAUAAUUUGCUGAGGAGGAGCUUAAAGUAUAGCACAAAUCUGCAAGCUUGCUCUUUUUAACUAUUUUGCAGAUGUGCUAGCAAUUGCACUGAGCAUAUGCAAUAGACUUACUUAACUAAUGGGGUUUCUGCCUUCUUUUUAAGCAUGAUUACAGAGGACAAUUAGAGUGUAUACCUUGUUUUCUGUAAUAUUGCUGCCUGUUUAUAAACAUGUAUUUAACAACUUUUACUUUUGUCACUUUACACCAACAUAAUAAACUCCAUGUAAACUAGAUGACCUAGAAAUAAAGAAGGAAACGUUAAAUGAAA